AUGUCUUUAACCCUUAAAACACAUUUGUGGAGAAACCUAUUGCAUCAUCAAUUUGAUGUUAGUAAAAUCCGUGGGCAAGGUUAUGAUGGUGCUAGUAACAUGAGAGGAGAAUGGAACAGACUACAAGCACUUGUUCUAAAUGAUUGUCCUUAUGCAUAUUAUGUGCAUUGCUUUGCUCACAAAUUGCAACUUACCUUGGUUGCAGCUUCAAGAGAAAUUAUUCCAGUGAGCCAAUUCUUUUCACACUUAGCUUCAAUAAUUAAUGUGGUUUGUGCUUCUAGUAAGCGUCAUGACGACUUACAAAGGGCAAAGGCAAAGGAGAUUGAAAACUUAUUGGAGCUUGGUGAAAUUAAAUCAGGAAAAGGAUUGAAUCAAGUUGGGACACUAAGAAGAGCCGGUGAUACACGUUGGGGUUCUCACUUUUAUUCUAUUUGCAGUUUGAUAAACAUGUAUGAUGCAGCUCGUGUUAUUCUCAAGAGCAUAAUUAUAGAUGCACAUGCGACUGGUCCUCACCGUGCAGAUGCUGAUGCAGCUUAUACUCAAAUGCAAUUGUUUGAAUUUGUGUUUAUUCUUCAUUUGUUAAAGGAAGUUAUGGGAAAAACUGAUGUACUUUCUAAAGCUCUACAAAAGAAGUCCCAAGAUAUCCUUAAUGCUAUGGAGUUGGUUUCAGCAACAAAGGAGAGUUUAAAUAGUUUCAGAAACAAUGGAUGGGAUUCUUUCAUUACAGAGCAUCAAGUAGAAAUGCCGGAUAUGAGUGCUCCAUAUACUUCUACUAGAUAUCAGCCUCGUAGAAAAGAUGGACAUGUCACUUUUGAACAUUUUUACCGGGUGGAUUUGUUUACUUCGACAUUGGACAAGCAACUACAUGAAUUGAAUAGUAGAUUCAAUGAGCACGUGAUAGAGUUGUUCAGUCUGAGUGCUUCUUUGGUUCCAAAAGAUCACCCUAAUGGGAUUAAUGUUGAACAGAUCGGUCUACUUGUUGAGAAGUAUUAUCCGGAAGAUUUUACCGAGCAAGAAAGAAUUGAUUUAAGAUGUCAAUUAGAUAUUUUUAAUAUUGACAUGAAAGAGAAUCCCAGGCUAAGUGGUGCAACAACUGUUGCUAGCCUUUGCAAAAUUCUUGUGGACACUCGGAAACGUCAAACAUAUUAUCUGAUUGAUAGGGUGAUUCGUCUAAUCUUGACGCUUCCAGUUUCUACCGCAACAAUAGAGAGAGGUUUUUCAGCAAUGAAGAUAUUCAAGAAUCGCCUACGCAAUAAAAUGUCCGAUGAAUUUCUUGCAAAUAACCUGGUGAUUUACAUUGAAAGAGAUAUUGCUGACACGUUUGAUUCGUCCUCCGUAAUUGAUGAGUUUAAAGAGCUUAAAGGUCGUCGAGCUGAAUUGUAA